UGCCGGCUCCAAGCCCAACGGUUGUCCCUCCUGCGUCACCCGCUCUCUAUCCGGCUAUCCCACCAAGAACCCACCACCACCCCGCGCAGCCAGCCAGCCAGCCCCCACUCCUCCUCCGCUCUACUGCAGUGGAGUGGAGCUCCAGUCGGAACCCCCAUGCCCCCACGCUAGUAGGCGAUUGCUGCCGGCCGGGAAGCCAUCUGAGAUGGGGCUAGAUUUGGUCGGGUUCAGCUCUCGCGUGCUGCCAACCAGCGUCGGGUACGCGGCGGACCGGCGGCACGUCCGUGCUGGAGCCGCCACAUCCCACGGCUUCUUUUCCUGGAGGAGCUAUCCGAGGGCAACUCUGAAGGACGGCGCGGUUUGCUCUUCGGAGGACGGCGGCGGCGGCGGGGCGGAGUCCACGCUGUGUGUGUCCGCUCCGUCUGAAGAUGCCACACGCACCGGCGGAGUGGCAGCGGAUCUUGGCCGGGAUUUCGCGGACGGCAUCACCGCAAGCCAGACGAGUUCCGCGGGGAGGAAGAAAGGGGGGAGGUUAUGGAGGAGACCGCCGGGCGGAGACAAGCCGGCGAGAGCUACCAGGCGCGCCCCCGUGAGAAAGGAUCCGCAGGUUCGCAGAGUUCUGGUGAACGAUCCCGAUGUGAAUGCGAUUCUGUCCGGCGUCAGCGGGGAGUCCAGCAUCGAGGAGUGCAACUCCGUUCUGAUCCGCCUGGAGAAGCACAGCGAUGUGAAGGCCCUCGACUUCUUCGUGUGGAUGAAGGCCAACGGGAAGCUCGAGGGGAACGCCGACGCCUACCGGCUGGCUCUCCAGGCCAUUGCCUGGAAGGAGGACUGGAGGAGAGCCGAGCUGUUGCUCCACGAGAUGGUCGCCGUUUCGGGUUGCCGGCUCGAUGCCCGGGCGUUCAAUGGGCUGAUGUAUGUGUGUGCCAAGAGGAGGCUUGCUGAUUGGGGAACGAAGUGGUUUCAUAUGAUGCUGGAGAGGGAGGUGCAGCCGAAUGUGUCUACAUUUGGUAUGCUCAUGGGCCUUUACCAGAAGACUGGGAGCCUCAAGGAGGCCGAAUUCGCUUUCGCGAAAAUGAGGGAAUGCAAUGUCAAGUGUGUCAAUGCUUACUCAGCCAUGAUUACUUUGUACACGCGUUCACGCCUUUUCGUUAAGUCUGAGGAGGUUAUCACAUUGAUGAAAGAUGAUGGAGUUGCUCCAAACCUGGAGAAUUGGUUAGUGCAGCUGAAUGCUUACAGUCAGCAGGGUAAAAUGGAAGAAGCAGAAUUGGUGUUGCAGUCCAUGGAAGAUGGUGGUGUUUCCCCAAAUGUUGUGGCAUACAAUACUGUGAUUACAGGGUAUGGGAAGGUUUCUGAAAUGCAGAAGGCGAAGGAAGUGUUUGACAGACUUGUGAGUUCUGGUUUAGCUCCUGACGAAACCACUUAUAGAUCAAUGAUAGAAGGUUUUGGUAGAGCAGAUAAACACCAAGAGGCAAUUUCGUAUUACAAGAAGCUCAAGAGUUCCGGUUUUCAACCAAACGCGUCCAACUUCUACACGAUGAUUAACUUAAUAGCAAGGCAUGAUGACAGUGAAAGCGCGGCUGAAAUUCUUAGGGAUAUGAGGGCAGCAGGCUGCCAGUGUUCAUCUAUUGUUACUAUUCUUGUCCGGGCAUACGGAACAGUAGGGAGGAUGCAUAAGGUUCUAUCAAUUCUACAAUCAUGCUUCUACAAGAAGGUUUUGUAUGAUGCUACCUCAUGCUCUAUUUUAGUAACAACGUUUGUUCAGAAUUCUUUAUUAGAAGAAGCUCUUCGUGUUUUGCGCGAAAAGAAGUGGAAAGAUUCUGAUUUUGAAGAUAAUCUGUAUCAUAUCUUGAUAUGUUCUUGCAAAGAGGCUGGCAGUUAUGAAGAUGCUGUAAGGAUAUACAGCCAGAUGCCAGAAUCCCGAACGCAUCCAAAUCUCCGCAUUUGCUGCACUAUGAUCGAUGUUUUCAGCACCAUGGAGAGAUUUACUGAUGCUGAAACCUUGUACCUUGAACUGAAGGCUUCAGCUUGUGUUCUUGACAUGAUUGCUUAUAGUGUAAUUGUGAGGAUGUAUAAUAAAGCUGGGAGACCAGAAGAUGCUUGCUCAGUUCUGGCAGAUAUGGAUAAACAAAAGGAAAUAGUUCCUGAUAAAUACCUUUUCCUUGACAUGCUCCGGACUUACCAAAAGUGUGGCUUGCUCGAGAAGUUGACUGAUACAUAUUAUCGGAUACUCAAGAGCGAGGUUGAAUGCGAUGAAGCCAUGUAUAACUGCAUUAUUAACUGCUGUGGCCCAGCGAUACCAGUCGAUGAGCUGUCGAGAAUUUUCGACGAAAUGAUUCAACUAGGACACCUGGCUAGCACUGUCACCCUGAAUGUAUUGCUAGAUAUAUAUGGAAAAGCUGGGCUUUUCAACAGGGCUGAGAAGGUGUUUAGCAUGGCCCGGAAGCAAGGACUGGCAGAUACCAUAUCAUACAACACUAUCAUUGCGGCGUACGCGCAGAGCGGGAAUUUCCGCAGCAUGAAUUACUUCGUCCAAAAGAUGCAGGACGCAGGGUUUCCGGUUUCUCUCGAGGCGUACAAUUGCAUGCUGAAUGCUUAUGGAAAGUCAGGCCAGCUGGAGGAGUUCUCUGCUGUUCUGCAGAAAAUGAGGAGAGCAAGAUGUGACUUCGACCAUUACACUUACAAUAUUAUGAUGAACAUAUAUGGGAGAAAGGGUUGGAUCGAAGGCGUCGCCUACGUUCUUUCAGAACUAAAGAGCCGUGGCGUUGAGCCAGACCUGUACAGUUACAAUACAUUGAUAAAGGCUUACGGGAUAGCGGGAAUGCCCGAAGAUGCUGUCAAGCUGAUGCAGGAGAUGAGGAUCAAAGGUAUCAACGCGGAUCGAGUGACGUAUACUAACCUCAUAGCAGCUCUACAGAGGAAUGAGAAUUUCCUAGAGGCAGUCAAGUGGUCCCUCUGGAUGAAGCAAACCGGAGUUGUAGGCGUCGGAGCUCGACCAUAAUGCGCCAUGAGCAUUCAGGGUUUGGUUGCACAUAAUACUGUGAAAACACUGUCAUUGUUCUCUUCUAUCGAGUACAUACAUAUAUUGAUAUAUAGUGACAUUGUAUAGAGCAGCAUAGCUGAUUGCCUGAUUGUUCUGUAUGUGUUACAGGGGUUUAUAAGCUUGUACCCCACAUUCACACAAUUGUAAAUCUGCCAUUAGUGCCAUGACAAGGGGUUGAAAAGUUGUGAUGAUGGAUCAAAGAAAGUCAAUAAGAAAUCCAAUUCGGAUGUGUUUGUGCUUC